CCCAGCGCCCCGCCCCGCCCCCGCCGGCUCUCGGGCCGGCUGGCCUUAAAGGGGACGUGGUCCGAGCGGCGAAUCGCGGGGUGGCCCCCGCUCCGGCUCCGCCCCAUUUCCCGCACCUCGCCCCUCCCCCGCUUCGUCCCGCAGCCCCGGCGCCGCGCCGCAGAGUCGGGCUUCCUGGCACAAACGGGCUUGUGCAAAGGGUGGGAAGACUGGACUUUACCGUGGAAGCAGCAUCCCCUCCGUCUGGGACCUGGCGGAGGGCGUCCCCACCCUGGGGGGAACAGAGGACCCGCCCUGACCUAGCGGGGCCCAGCCUAGUCCUGCCCGGCCUGAGCGCCCCGCCCAAGAGCCGGCUCUGAGGCAGGGCCCACUGGGGUCCGGGAGAGGAGGAAGCGCCGUCCAGUGCCCUGGCCAGCGUGGUCCAGCACCUCCCGUUGGAGCUCAUGGACGGCGUUGUCCGGAACCUCAGCAAUGAUGACAGCGUGACGGACUCCCAGAUGCUGACUGCCAUCAGCAGGAUGAUCGACUGGGUGUCCUGGCCCUUGGGGAAGAACAUUGACAGGUGGAUCAUUGCCCUGCUGAAGGGCCUGGCUGCCGUGAAGAAGUUCAGCAUCUUGAUCGAGGUUUCGCUCACCAGAAUUGAGAAGGUUUUCUCCAAGCUGCUGUACCCCAUCGUCCGGGGAGCGGCCUUGUCUGUCCUCAAGUACAUGCUCCUGACUUUCCAGCACUCCCACGAGGCCUUCCACCUGCUCCUUCCUCACAUCCCUCCCAUGGUGGCCUCUCUGGUCAAGGAGGACUCGAACUCGGGGACCAGCUGCCUGGAGCAGCUGGCGGAGCUGGUCCACUGCAUGGUGUUCCGGUUCCCAGGCUUCCCGGAUCUGUAUGAGCCCGUCAUGGAGGCCAUCAAGGACCUCCAUGUUCCCAACGAGGACCGCAUCAAGCAGCUGCUGGGGCAGGACGCCUGGACCUCGCAGAAGAGCGAGCUGGCUGGUUUCUACCCCCGGCUCAUGGCCAAGUCAGACACGGGCAAGAUUGGCUUAAUCAACCUGGGCAACACAUGCUACGUGAACAGCAUCCUGCAGGCCUUGUUCAUGGCCUCUGACUUCAGACACUGUGUGCUCCGCCUGACUGAAAACAACUCGCAGCCCUUGAUGACCAAGCUGCAGUGGCUCUUUGCCUUCCUGGAGCACAGCCAGCGGCCGGCCAUUUCUCCAGAGAAUUUCCUCUCUGCAUCCUGGACACCCUGGUUCAGCCCCGGCACCCAGCAGGACUGCUCAGAGUACCUGAAGUAUCUGCUGGAUCGGCUGCAUGAAGAAGAGAAGACGGGGACAAGAAUCUGCCAGAAGCUCAAGCAGUCUAGCUUGCCCUCCCCGCCCGAGGAGCCCCCUGGCCUGAGUGCCACCUCUGUGGAGAAGAUGUUCGGAGGCCGGAUCGUGACUCGGAUAUGCUGCCUCCGCUGCCUCAAUGUCUCCUGCCGGGAGGAGGCCUUCACGGACCUCUCUCUCGCCUUUCCUCCCCCUGAGCGUUGUCGCCGCCGCCGCCUGGGCUCUGUGAUGCUCCCUGCAGAGGACAUCAGAGCCCGGGAGCUCCUGCUGCUGGCCCAAGCCCCAGUGCCAAGCAGGGCGGGCCCUCGGAGGCAGAGGAAACACUGCAUCACAGGGGAUGCGCCCCCCACCGGCCUGGACAUCGGAGGCCUGGACUCCCAGGGAGCUGGGGGGCAGAGCAGUCUGGAAGAGAAGGUGGAGAGGGAGGAGGAGAGUGCGGAGGAGGAAGGAGGGAAGAAAGAGGAGGAGGAGGAAAGCCCCAGAGAGGAAGAAGGGAAGGAGAAAGAGGUGGAGGAGGAGGAGGAGAAGGCAGAGAAAGAGAAGGAAAAGGAGACUGAGAAGGAGAAGGAAGAGGACAUCCUGGGCUCAGAGACCCACAGGGAUGCUGCCGUCCCCGCUGGGGAGCAGAUGUGUGGCCCCGAGGGCUCCCGCUCUGUCCUGGACCUGGUCAACUAUUUCCUGUCCCCCGAGAGGCUGACAGCAGAGAACCGCUACUACUGUGAGUCAUGCGCCUCCUUGCAGGACGCCGAGAAGGUGGUGGAGCUGAGCCAGGGCCCGCGCUACCUCAUCCUCACGCUGCUGCGCUUCUCCUUCGACCUGCGCACCAUGCGGCGCCGCAAGAUUCUGGACGACGUCGCCAUCCCCCUGCUGCUCCGCCUGCCGCUGGCUGGGGGCCGGGGCCAGGCUUAUGACCUCUGCAGUGUCGUGGUGCACUCUGGAGUGUCCUCGGAGAGUGGUCACUACUACUGCUAUGCCCGCGAGGGCGCUGCCCGCCCAGCCCCGUCCCUGGGAACUGCCGACAGGCUGGAACCCGAGAACCAGUGGUACCUGUUCAACGACACUCGGGUGUCCUUCUCUUCCUUCGAGUCUGUGAGCAAUGUCACCUCCUUCUUCCCCAAGGACACGGCCUAUGUGCUCUUUUACCGGCAGCGGCCCGGGGAGGGGCCUGAGGCCAUGUCGGGCUCUCCCAGAGUCCGGGCAGAGCCUACCCUCCACAAGGACCUGAUGGAAGCCAUUUCCAAAGACAACAUCCUUUACCUGCAGGAGCAGGAGAAGGAGGCUCGGAGCCGGGCAGCCUACAUUUCUGCACUCCCUGCGUCUCCACACUGGGGGCGGGGCUUUGACGAAGACAAGGAUGAGGACGAAGGAUCUCCAGGUGGCUGCAACCCUGCAGGUGGCACUGGUGGCGACUUCCACAGACUGGUCUUCUAAUGUGAACCCACCCAGCCUGCUCCCUCCUGAGGGGCACCACAGCCAACCUCAGGGGAGGCCUGGACCUCUUCUCAGGAGGAAAACCCAGGGCCCGGCAGAGCUGCUCUGCCAGAUGGGGUCUGAGGGAGGCUGUGGAGGCAGCCCAGCCCUGCAGUAGGCCCUUCGGAGGGCAGGACGGCUGGAGAGGGAGCGUCUGGGAUGUCAGUCCACAGCCUGAAGGGUACAUACACAGAGACCCUCAGAUUUGGAGGUGAGGCCCAAGCUCCGUGAAUUGGGCAUCAGGCCCUGAUUCCAGGGUCAGUGCCGUUAAGAUUUUACACCCAAGUGUCCUGGUUAACCUGAAGCAACUUAGAUGACACACCUGGGCUUGGGCUGCAUCCCUCCCAACAGGCUCCCCGUUACACUUUCAGGAUCAGGGCUGGGCCUCAGUGCUGACGUCUCACCACCAAGCAGCAUAUCCCCCCUCCCAGCUCCUUUCAGACAACUGUUGCUCUAGAGUAUACAAAGCACAGCAGGAUCCAAGCCCUUGCACAAAAAGAAGGGGCUGUGGGCCCCCUCUGGCCAUCCUCUUUCUCCAAGGGGGUUUCAGAGACUAGGUACUGGGGUUCUGCACCAGUGUGCUUUCGCGAGCAGAGCAGGUGGGAAGCGGCAUGGUGCAGAUCAGAGGCAAAGCCCCUUGCCGGUCGGCCCAGCUCCUCCUGCCUGUCUCCCUCCCCCCUACCCAGCGCAGAUGCACAGAGGGGAGGACGACCCUUCCCCCGCCCUUGCCUUCUUCCCUAGCCUGCCUCAGUGCCUGAAAUGCCACCGUUUGCAGCCCCCUUCUGGUGAAAGUGGAGUUCGAUUUUACCGCGAAGAUGCGUGUGUCCUCUCGAGGCUGUCUGUUUUGGGGAAGCUGGCUGGCCCCGCUCCUCCAAUCAGGCGCCAGCAGAGCUGCCAGCAUGCCGCCAGAGGGCUGGGUGGAGAGUCUGGUGAAGCGCGGAUGUUGACCUCAUCGUGCCCUGACACUGCUGUAGCCCCUUUUAAAUGGAGAGGAGAGACCUGUGUUGCAAACGGAAAUAAAACUAGGUUCUCUGAAGCCUUUAAA